AUGGCUAAUUUGGAAGAAAAGAGGGAUCUGUGUGAAGAUUUGGAGGUGAUAGAAGAUGCUAUAGCGAAAAGGCUUCAGAGGAACCCGGAACUCUAUUACAACUAUUUGGAAAAGCUUUCGAGUUUUGAAAAGCAUAGUCUUGAAGUACCAAGUUCGAUAGAUAUCAAGAAUAAUAGAGUGUAUAAGUCCAAGAAAGCUAAAAGAUCCAAGAAGCAAAUAGUAGCCCAACAGCAUGAGAUAAGAUUGUUUAUAGAGGACUAUACUAACAAACAGAAAGGAUUGAAUAUGUUGAUGAAGAGAAAGGAUACUACACAGAUAUCUAGCGAUAUAGGUGAUUUCAUAACAUCCAUAACUGAAAAUAAGUCACAUGUUAAGUCCAGUCUGAAAGAUAAAAUAGACUAUUACUCCAUGUUUUCAGCAUCCACAACCCAAAAGAGUAUACUUUCGAAGCGUGCGGCAGAUUUGGAUAUCAAUCAAACAUUCACAAGAGAUGAACAGUUUGGAGAAUGUAUGGACCUUGAAAGAUUUCAUAAUGUCUGGUUGAGCGUUGUCAAAGAUGACAGUUACUCAUUGUUGGACUUUUUUAGGGUAAUCGAGUCUUUCCUUGAUACUAAAAGCUACCUCAAGUCACCACAUAUGGAUAGGAAAAACCAAAGGUACCAGGAAUUUAUCAAGACCAUAAGUGGAUACGUUGAAUCAUUUUUCUUCAAGAAGUUUUGCUUGAUUGACAAAGAAUAUGUGAAUGCGAGGUUACAACAAGACUUUAUUCUUUAUUUGGACAACCCACUAAACAACCAAAAUGGUUUCUUCUGUGUAGCGUGCAAUAAGUCAUUCAAGACAAAAUCGGUAUUUGACAAUCAUCUGCCAGGGAAGCAACACAAGAGAAACGUUGAUAAAAGACGAAAUUCUCUCAUAUCAGAGUAUAAGCUAUACCGGUUCCUCAAUCUUUUACGAACAGAAUUUAAUAAUACCAAAGAGUUUACAGAACGUAAAAUAUCAUUUACUGCAAAUGAAAGAAGAGAAGAACUCGAAAGGUUAAAUAAUGAAUACAAUGCGCCCGUGUAUGGAUCGGAGGAACAAGAGGAAGGAGAUGAGGAACACGACGAGUAUGCUUCCAAGAACGGUAACAGGAGCAUCUUAGAUGGGCUAUUCAACAUGCCCCUUGGUCCUGACGGAGUACCCAUGCCGUUUUGGCUAUAUAAACUGCAAGGACUAGAUGUUUCCUAUUAUUGCGAAAUAUGUAGUAAUCGGGAAUUCAAAGGCAGAAGGGCCUUCGAAAGGCAUUUCAAUGAAAAGACACAUCAAUACCAUCUGCGCUGUCUAGGCAUUACACCCUCUCCAACAUUCGUCGGGAUAACGGCCAUCACAGAAGCACAGACCCUAUGGGAUCAUAUCCAAUCCACGCAAAAGAAGAAGGCACCUUCCGGCAAAAUUGAUAUGGACAUUGAAGUUGAGGAUGCAGACGGUAACGUUUUGACACGGAAAGUCUAUGACGAUUUAAAAAGACAAGGUUUACUCUAG